AUGAGUAGUCUCGCCGAUCCCCCGUCCUCCAGGGCCACCUUCGCCGGACCUGCAGAUGGUCCCGGCAAAACGCGAAACCUCCCCGUUCUCUCGCAAUCCGCCCAACACUCCCCUGCAGCCAUGGAGAUCACUCCGCCAUCCUCUGUCGCCGCGGGUGGAAUGCCUAUUCACAGCAGUCCCGAUAGCGACCGCACCGGCGCAAUCAACACCAAUGGUGCCGAAGUCGGAAUUACGAGUAAUCCCCAAAACUCGGCCGUUGGGGCUGCUGCUGCAGCCCAGCAACCCAAAGUGGUACAAACCGCAUUUAUCCACAAGCUUUACAACAUGCUCGAGGACUCCAGCAUCCAACAUUUGAUAUCUUGGUCCAAUACCAACGACAGUUUUGUCAUGUCACCGACUUCUGAAUUCUCCAAAGUCCUCGCCCAGUAUUUCAAGCACACCAACAUUUCAUCCUUUGUCCGUCAGUUGAAUAUGUACGGGUUUCACAAAGUGAGCGACGUCUUUCAUACGGGCUCCCCGGACUCUGCGCUUUGGGAAUUUAAACACGGAAAUGGCAACUUCAAACGGGGUGAUUUGAUCGGCCUGCGCGAGAUCAAGCGUCGUGCCUCUCGCCAUGCUUUGAUUCAUCGCGACUCAUUCCCAGGCCACAAGGCUACUGCAUCGCAACCGGGCACCCCCGCUGAACCCGUUCCCGAUGCGACGGAAGCCAGGCUUAUGAACCUUGAAUACAGUCUUCAUGACAUGCAUGCGCGCCUAUCUCGUGCGGAGGAAGGGAACGUGGCAUUGAGUUCGAAAUGCCAGAGUAUGGCCGAAGGUCUCGCCAAAUGCUACCAAUGGACUCAUUCAAUCUCGCGCUUUCUCCAAGGUGUCGUGCCCAACCAGGAGAGUCCUUUAUAUCGCGACAGUACGAGCAGUCCUAUCUAUACCCCCGAUGUCUCGGCUUUACUAACGAGCCUCCCAGUUUUGAACAUGCAAAGGGAGGUAGAGAAGCAUCUCGAAUCAGUUCGUGCCAUGGACGCUUCCCACGAUACUCUCAUGCCACCACGCCAACCAUUUUUCGGAAACUUGCCAGUAGAAUCUGGUCCUCCCUUGUCCCCUCGCCAACUACCCCAGGACGACAGCCGGCGCCAAUCUAUGAUUCGGCCACCCGUCCCUCCUCACCUUGCCGUGUCCCCUCGUCGCUACGGCUCCAUUGGAGGUGCCAAUGCGCCUAUUCCUAAUUAUAAUCGACUACAGCCUCCUAGUGGUGGUGCUGGUGGUGCUGCUCCGCCACCGCCGCAACAACAACCACAACAACCUACGCCUCAUCCACUUUCCAUAUCUACUCCUCCCGGAGGCCCGAAUCUAGGCCGCCGCCACACAUUUGCGGAUAUUCGACAAGCCGACUGGCCUCCCACUGGUACUUCUCCUUUCCCUCCUGGAAGCACCGGCGGAGGUGGUGGAAGCAGUGGACCUUGGCCCUCAUCCCCUCAUCGUGUACCCACGAGCAGCGAGCAACAAGUCCGGGAUGUACUAGCUCAGUAUGAGAUGGGUGCGCCUCGACGCCUCCAAGAUCAAUCCCGUCAUGCGACACCUCCGACUGGGGCCGAGCCAUCCCCGUCAAUGCUAAGUGUUGACAAUGGCUGGACUCUGGGAGGCUCGAGGUUCCCCCGUCAAGAGUCUUCUCUGCCUGCCACUCGCCGUUCGAGUAUGGCCAGCAAUGUGCAUUCUCUACUGAAUCCCGCCGAUACCGCUGAACGGCCGGACGAAGAUCAACAAGAGGACCGGAAACGAAAACGGUUGGAGUAG